AUGAAGCUGCUGUGCCUUGCCUGGUUGGCCCUUUGCCUAGCAGAUGAUGCGCAGAACUUGCGGGGCAACGGGAAGGCAGUGACAGUUGCACCCAAAGCUGCCAAGCCGGAAGAGGUGGGCGCCGUCGCAAAGGAACCUGCUGAGAAGGAGGUGCCAACGGCCAAGGGCGACAACCAGGUCUCUCAGUCUGAGGUGGGAGCUGUGGCCAAAGAACCUCAAGUGCCACGAGCCAAGGGUCCCGAGAAUGAGACACCCCAGCAGGAGAGUGGCACUGUUGGCAAGGAUGCUGGAGGCGUUGUGACACCUGCCAAGUCCGACACUGUGAAGGCGGAGGACUCAGAUGAAAUCGGCAAGCCUGUGGCAGAGUACCCCGCCUACUAUUAUCCAUCGGAAUGGGAGUAUGCAAGAGAGUGGGAGGCUGAACGUGAGUUUUGGGAAGAUCUGGAUGCCCCCUAUGAAGUCUUUGAAGGCCCAGGCCCUGAGGAGGAGGUUGAGGAGGUUGGGGUCGUUGUGCCAGAGCUCGACCCUGAGGGCCCCCCAGUGGUGGCGCAGGCUGCCACGGGCGCCACAGCUGCCACAGCCGCCACGGCAGCUGCUGCUGCUGCUGCUGCCACAGCCGCCACGGCCACGACGGCUGGCACGCGUGCCCUUGCUCCGGUAGCGUUGUGGGGCGGUCGUAGGCGCCCAGGGCGCCCAGGGCGCUGGGGACGCCGGCCUGGACGUUGGGGACGACCAGGACGCCGACCCUGGGGAAGGCCAAUCUACCGACCAAGGCCAUAUUACCGACCAGGAUAUUGCCUGAGGUGGGCGUACUACUAUGGGGGCCGCUACUGUGCUUACUGGUUUGGACACCUGAUGGCUUUAGACAUCCCCAUCCAGUGCUGCAUGACCUGCUGUUGGGUGACCAGUUGCUUAUUUCGGACGCGCAUCCGAGUAGCAGAGACUCCUCACCCGCAGCGCUGCGAUGCGCUGUGUUUGGCGGAUGACCUGGAUUUGGAACGUGUUUGCAGUGCCUGGCUGGGCUCCGCGGAGCAAGGUGCCUUCCCCAGUGCCCGGCCGCGGCGCCUCUCCGCCGACGUCUGCGUGCUGGAGCUGGAGGACGGCCGUUUGUGCUUCUGCUUCGCCUUCGGCUGCAUCGUCUGCUGGGGCUUUAACUCCAUGGAACUCCGGCGCUUGAAGCGACUCAUUCGGAAGUCCGUGGGAGAGACGUUGCCACCUGAAGAUAUUGAGACGGACAGCAUGACCUUCUCGAUGGAAGACGUGUGCGAGGAGCACCUGACCUCCGACGCCGACCUAGCGGGGACUUCGGCGCCUCGACGGCCGGCGCCGGCGCCGCAACUGAGUGGUGACCACAUCGUCCUGGCCACCUGUUCGGGCGAUGAAGCCUUGGCUUACAGCUACGCCUUUGCUCAAAGCGUGAAGCUGGCGGUCUUUGAGACCAUCGUGGAUGCCAGCAUCGAGAAGGCGAAACCCAUCCCGGAAGCCUUGGCGCAGUAUGGGACGUUCGACAUGGAUGAGAAAUUGGUGAAGAUGCAGAUGGGUGCCAUUUUUGUCACCAAGUGCUCCCUGACGCUGCAGACAGACAUGCUGGGAACGCCCGAGAUUCUGUGGGAGCAUGACCGGUUUGAUGCGCAGUACGAAGCCUGCAGGAAGUACCUGGAAGUUGGCAAGCGGGUGGAGAUUUUGGAUCAGCGCCUGGCGGUGCUCAACGACCUCUACAGCUUUCUGCAGACCCAGUUGGAGGUGAAGCAUUCCAAUAAACUGGAGUGGAUCGUCAUUGUGCUUAUUGUCAUCGAAAUUCUGUUGGACUUGUUCCACAUGUCGCCCUUUUACACACAGCGUUCUGUGGCAAUCUGCGCCUUGCUUCUGAUCGCGGGCGGCUCUGUGGCAGUGGCCAAGGAGGUGAAACCCUCGAAGGUUUGGCGCUCGAGUCGGCAAAGUUCCCGGCUGUGGAGGGCUACCUUGAUGACCCUCCUGGUGCUGAUCGCAUGGAGGGCGCCGAGAACAAAGCCGUCCACGUUCUUUGUAGGUGGCUGCCAUGUGCUUCCCCAUGCAGUUCCUUCCGGGCCAGGGACUCAGUCCAGGUCGAGGCACGCCAGAUCUGCGGUAUCAGGGCGGCAGGUCUGGCAGAUUCUACCAGAUGCUGAAAGGAGGUGGCUCCUGCUGGGCAUGGUUGGGCUACUGGGCUCCAGCUGCCUUCAGUUGCUGGCGCCCCCUCUGGUGUCCGCUGCGCUGAUGGCUGCGGAGAGGGGAGCCAAAGCGGCACAGGCCUUAUGGACUUUGCGGGCUGAUGGGUCCGUGAGGGAUUACAACAUGGCCAUGAGUGCAUGUGAGAAAGGCUCCCAGUGGCUGCUGGCUCUGCGCCUCUUCUCCAACAUGCGGAUAGCAGCUUCAGAGCCCAACCUGGCAAGUUAUAGCAUUCUGAUGGCUGCCUGGGGCAAGGCCAGUCAUUGGCACCACGCCUUUCAGGUCUUUGCGAAUCUCUGUGGAAGACCUUCGUUGUUGGUGGACGUGGUGUGUUUUGCGUCCAUUAUCAGCUGCUGCGAACGCACUUCGAGGUGGCAAAAAUCCAUGGAGCUGUUUCAAGAGUUGCAGGAGCAAAGGGUGAGAGCCAACAUCAUUUGCUACAGUGCGCUGAUCAGUUCCUUUGAGAAAGGCUUCCAGUGGCAGUUUUCCAUGGCUGCCUUUCAUCAGAUGGAGAUGUCCCAGCUAGUUCCGGACGUCAUUUGCUACAGUGCUCUGCUCAGCUCCUUCGAGAAGGGUUUGCAGUGGCAGUGGAGUCUCCACUUCUUCCACGUGAUGAGCCGGAAAAAGCUGCGGCCCAACAGCAUCAGCUACCAUGCUGCCAUCAGUGCUGCGGAAAAGUCUGGCAAAUGGCAGCUGGCCCAGCACUUCUUUGUUGCCAUGAGGACACAAGUACUGAAGCAAAAUGUGGUGAGCUGCAAUGCCCUGACCAGCGCCUACGAAAAAUGCCACCAGUGGCCCAGGGCCAUUCGGGCCAUCAGUGCCUUCCAGCGCUUCGCGCUGCGGCCCAAUGGGGUGACCCUCAACGCCGUGCUGAGCUCCACGGAGGCCUGGAUCAUGGCCCUGCAGUGCUUCACCUGGAGGUUGACGAGAUUCCCAGACAUCAGUCCCAAUGUCGUCACCUUCAACGCCGCCUUGCGCUCAUUCGGAAAGGCACUACGUUGGCAGCUGGCUCUGCCAUGUUUGGAGCUGAUGGGCUCGGCGUCCCUGGAAGCCAAUGUCAUCAGCUACACCGCACUCCUCAGCUCCACUGUGGAUUCAGAUCGCAUGGCAAGCCGCAUGGCAAGCCGCAUGGCAAGCCGCAUGGCAAGCCAGGUGCCUCCCUGGUGGUUAGCCAUGGAUAUGCUGGAUCGGAUGAUCUCGGAAGAAGUUUCACCUAACAUCCUGACCUACAAUGCUGCGCUGGUGUCUUGUGAGAAAGCCUCACAGUGGCAACGCGCACUGCUCCUUUUUUUCCAACUUGAUCAGUCUGCGCCCCAAGAUCUGGGUGCGGUCGGGCGGAUCCACUUGGAGAGUUCGGGGAUCCUUAGCCCUGACGUCUUGAGCUUCAGCUCUGCGAUUGGCUCAUGUAUCAUGGGCUCGCAGUGUCCGCUGGCUUUGUUUGCCUCCCUGUCUAGGAAGGCCUUGUCCAUGAUGAAAAUCGAUGCCUUGGGGGUGGCCCUUUGCAACGGCCUCCGUUGCUAUGCCUUCCACCUGGCACGCUUGGGCUUCGUCGGGUCCCUGCGGCAGAAAGCCUUCCAGUGCUACCUGUCAAAGGACAUGAGUUUUUAUGACAAGGUGGAUGCUGCAGAGCUCAGUUCCCGCCUGACCUCGGAUUGUCAACUUGUCUUCGCUAGUUUGGACGAUGUGCUGAAUUUCUUGCUGCGCUCGGGCACCGUGACCUUCUUCGGCUACCUGGCCAUGCUCCGCUGCUGCUGGCAACUGACCCUGGUCACCACUGUGGUGAUCGCCCUUUUGCUGCUUCUCACACGCUGCUAUGCAGAGGUGCGACGCGCAACCACAGCAGAGACGCAGGACGCCGUGGCCGAGCUGAGCCGUGUGGCUGAGGAGUCGCUAUUGGGCAUCGGCACAGUGCGUGCCCUUGGUGCUGAGGAGACCCAUGAAAGACUCUUUCACCAGCAGAACCAGCGGAUCCUGGCUGUGCAAAAGCGAAAUAGCUAUGCACUCGGAGGCUUCUGCUUGGGAAAUGCGUCGCUGAGCGGCAUUUGUCGUGCCCUGGGCCUGGCUUCUGGUGGCCUUUUCGCGCUGAGCCAGCGCAUUAGCGGGGAGGUGCUGACGCAGUUCCUGUUCUACCUGGAUAUGGUGCUGAGAGGUGUGCUCGACUUGGGAGAGGACUGGCCUGCCACCAUGGAGGCCCUGGGCGCUGGCAGCAACGUCUUGGAGACCUUGGCCGAAGCCGAAGCGCUGAAAACCGCUGGCACCAGGCAGCUGAAGCACGUCUCGGGAGAGAUUCACUUCGAUCACGUGACCUUUGCAUAUCCAAUGCGACCCUCGCGGCAGGUCCUCAAGGAUGUGACGAUUCACUGUCGAGCAGGCGAGAUGACUGCACUGGUGGGAACCAGUGGUUCGGGGAAGAGUUCGCUGAUCAAUCUGAUCCAGAGCUUCUACAGCGUGCAGAGCGGACAGGUCACCAUGGACGGCGUUCGCCUGGAAGAUUUCGAUCCUUCCUGGCUGAGGGAGCAGCUGGGCAUCGUGGGACAGGAGCCCCAUUUCUUCCGCGGCACGGUGGCAGAGAACAUCGCCUGGGGCAGCGAGACGGCGUCCCUGGAAGAGGUGAAGGAGGCGGCCAAGAUCUCACAGGCUGACGGCUUCAUCCAGCAGCUGCCCAAAGGCUACGACACGCAGAUUGGCGAUGGCAAGCUGUUGAGUGGAGGACAACGGCAACGCCUGGCCAUUGCCCGCGCCUUGCUUCGGGAUCCACCCGUCCUGAUCUUGGACGAGCCCACGAGCGCCCUUGAUCCAUCUACUAGCAGGUUGGUCUCCCGCGCCCUGAGGGAGGCGCAGUGGUCGCCGCGCCUGGCGCGGCGCCGGACGGUGCUGGUCAUCGCACAUCGGCUUUCGACUGUGAAGGAUGCCGAGCAGAUUGUUGUGUUGGAGAAGGGCGUGGUAGCGGAGAACGGAACCCAUGAGGAACUUAUGGCUCGCAAGGGCUCCUUCUGGCGCAUGGUCACAGAACAAGUGGCCUCGAUUUGACAAUUUGUUUUGGUGUUUUCCGAAUGGCCAAAGAUGCCAUCGAUGACAAAGCGACAGCUGCG